AUGAUGUUUCAAUUCAACCUAAAAAAAAAUGUCAUGGUGAAUCUAUUCCAGAUCCAGUUUGGGGUUAUUUUUUUGUUGGAGAACACACAGGAGAGUGUCAUUAUGAAUUGUGGAGAAAUAAUGUAGCUGAAGAAGAAAAAACUGUUAAACAAAAACACAAAAUUGAGAAUAAUAUUAAACCAAAUAUUGAAGUAAUAACAGAAGAAAAGCAAAGAGAAAUUGAUUGUUCUAUUUUAAAAGUUUGG